AUAUGUCAUAUCGUCACGUUUCCAAAGAAGUUCUGGUCGGUUCCAUAACACUCGGAGUUGUUUUUGUCGCAGGGUAUUUCUUUGGAAAGAGGAAAUCUUUCAGAAUGAGCAUCGUUAAAAGCCACACCAAAGGCAAAGACGACCCACUGAUGCAGUAUGUCCUCAAUCACUCCUUGCGGGAGCAUCCGGUCCUCCAAAAACUCAGGCUGAGGACGAUGGAGGACUCCUGGAACAUCAUGAUGGUCGCCUGUGAGCAGGCGCAGUUCAUGGCCAAUUUGGCGAGACUAAUUAAAGCCAAAAAGGCAUUAGAGAUUGGCGUAUACACAGGCUACAACACACUGAGUAUGGCGCUGGCCCUGCCUGAGGACGGAGUUGUGGUCGCUUGUGAUAUCAGCGAAGAGUACACCAACAUCGGCAAACCGUUCUGGAAAGAGAUGAUCUCCUGUCUUCUGGCCAGGCUGAAACGUUCGACUUCGCCUUCAUAGAUGCAGACAAAGUCAACUACGACAUGUAUUACGAGAAGUCUCUGCAGUUGCUGAGAAAAGGCGGCAUCAUUGCGAUCGACAACGUGCUGUGGGGUGGGAGCGUGCUGAACCCGUCUCCUAAUGACGCUAGCACUGUGGCCAUUGACAAGCUGAACAAGAAGCUGCACAGAGACGUUCGAAUCACUUUGAGCAUGCUAACUGUGGGCGAUGGGCUCACACUGGCAAUUAAAAUUUAAACUUGAAAGUGCAAUUCAUUAUACGUUAAAAAGGACAACACUAGAAGUUCAGUAUGUUUGCAGAUAUUUGAUGCUUGUCAGUAGACAUACACCACAUGCAAUUGUAUCACUAAAAUACUAAUUUUGCGUGAAUCUACUUUAGUUGGCCUGUAUAUCUGAACAUUCCAUGUUGCCUGAUAUGUACUGGAUUAAAAACGACAUGAGAUAAUAAAGGUGGAUUUCAGGACUUUAUUGUAAUUGGUAACACACACUCCUCAUCUAGUUUUGCAAACCUCAAACGAGGUGGAAUGAGGGGAAGAAAAUGCCUUUAGCUUCACCCUGUUGCUAAAAGGCGUUACAACUCAUACAGCACAAUAAAGUGUCUAGGAAAUGUGUGGAGCAGCAAAGACAAACUUCAGUUUUAAUAAAAUAUAAGUAAUUAAGCUCUUAAAGGUAUAUUCUAACUGUGCAAAGAUAAAAGCCCAGGCUUACAUUCUACAUUACACUUGAGCAAAAUAAGUUUCUC